UUAAACGAAGAAGAAGAAGAAACCGGAAGUACGUUUCUGUUAAAAUGAACCAAGAAGGCAACCGAUGCUAAAUGUUAGGACCUUACACCGCCAAGUGACAAACAUGGACGAGGAGCUGGAGGAGUUCAUCAGAGAGAGGAAGCAGCGAGUGGCUGAAGACAGAGCCCUGCUGGACCUGGACCUGGACCAGGACCUGGACCAGGACCCUCCUUACCUGGACAUGAAGGUAAAGCCUCGCAGGAUCUACGGGUCUACUGUGAAGGAGAACAUCCCUCCAAGGUUUACAGCCCAAAGGAAAGAUGACAGCAGCAGUGUGGGUCUCCCUCUCGGUGUGGACUAUGAGAAGAAGAAACAGAGGCUGCAGAAUGAGCUCCGUCUGGACUACAGGCGUCACAUGGCUCAGAAAAACCACUUGGACCCUGCAGASUACAGACCUUUAAGACCUCAUGAUAGAACCAUCAAGCAGCUUCCGUCUGAAGAUCAGACUGAUGUUUGUGUGAAACACAGCUCAGUGCUGCAGAGACAUGCUGACCGGGGGUCCCACAGAGCGCUGCCCCUCUCUACAGAAGACAAGGAUCCAGCAUCACUGAUCCUCAGCCCUGGAGAYCUGCAGGGGUCUUCAGAGGAGGAGGAGCAGGCUGCAGGCAGGCUGCAGGCAGCUGAGGCCACGAGGAGGAGGAGCCAGUCCACUAGAACCAGGGAUGAAAUGGAAACUUUAGCAGGUGUUAAGAGAGAAAACAGGAGAUGGAGAGCACCGAGCAAAAACGAGGAUGUUGAGUUCGUCACAGGCCUUAUGAUCGGGGCAGCUGACUCAGACGAGGCUCUGCAGAGGAAGAAGGAGCGCUACAGACAGGAGCUGCAGGAGCAGAUCGCUGAGCAGCACCGCAACAAGAAGAGGGAGAAGGACUUGGAACUGAAAGUGGCUGCGACAGGAGCCAUCGACCCUGAGAAGCAGCCUGACAGAAUCCGUCAGUUUGGACUGAGCAGGAGGAAAGCUGCUCUGGUUUCAGAGCCAGCAGCUAAAACGUCCCUCAGUCCUGACACGACUGAGAUGGCUCCUCCUGAGGAGCCACGUGUUGUCUUCCAGUCCCCUCUGCAGGACUUCAGCUCUGUUCUCAGCCUGGGGGGCAGCAGUCAGCCCACUGCCAUGAGCUUACCCAGAAACCCCAUGUUUCUUCCUCACCCACCCUCCUCACUAAGUGAACCUUACAGAAGCCCAUACGGAGAACCUCAUCAGUUCUACGGAACCAGAAACCCACCUGAUCCAGGCCUGGCCCCCUACGCUCAUUACUCUGUUCCUGGUGCUGGGUUUCCUCUGUCCUACUGGACCGUACCAYCGGGGGGAGGGGUGUCCAGUCAGCUGGAGAACCACAGUCCUCACAGCCAGCUCAGUGCUUCAAGCUUCGCUGAGCCUCAGAUUCAGCCCGGCAAUGACCCUGCUGCUGGGGAUUUACAAACCAGGGUCUUCACCUCAGAGAGACCCAGGUCUACCAGGGACAGGAUUCUGAACUACAGAGAGGCCCUGAAACAACAGAUCCAGGAGCAACGAGAACGCAGGUGUCAGGAGAGGGAGGAGAGGCAGCGCCACGAGGCCCAGCUCCAGGCCCACAUGCAGAACCACCAGCCCUGGGGCCGAGGUGGAGGAGGAGCUCCUCUGAGGGACAGCACGGGGAAUCUCCUGGCUGACCUGAAGCAGAUGCACAAACAGAACCAGGAGGCUUACAGCAACCCAGAGGUGUGGCAGAGGAGAGCUUCAGCUGCCAGGACAGACCGCCCAGCAGAGCUGCUGGACCCCACUGAGGAGGGCUGUGCUUCUGUCCCAGAGUCCAGCAGGCACAGUGUCACAGACAGGACCCCUGGUUUCACUCAUGUCCAGACGCCACAGUUUGCCAGAGGCAAAGUGUUUUCCAGCCAAGCCACAGARCAUCAGCUGCAGGAGCAGGACAAAUACAAAGCUUACCUCAGACAGCAGAUUGAGGAGAAAAUGCGUAAAAAAGCUGCUGAGAGGGAGCGGCUCCGGCUGGAGGAGGAAAGGGAGGAGAAGAGGCUGGCAGAACAGAGAGCGCGCAUCCAGAGGGAGUACGAGGAGGAGCAGGAGAGGAAGAGACGCAAGGAAAUGGAGCAAAAGGCGAAGAACGAGGAGCUGAUUCAGCUGGCUGAGCAGAGGAAGACUGAUGCAGAGAGGAGGAAGAAGGAGGCUGAGGAGGAGGAGACGGCAGAGAGGAGGAGACGAUAUGAGAGAGAGAGACAGGCACGAGUAGACGAGGUGCACAGAGAGCCAUCGCCUCCAAUCCCCACUCUGCUGAGGAAACAAGGGAGACACCAGCCCCUGCCCAGACCUCCAGCUGUUAACAGCCAAAACUACACAGCUCCUCUGUCUACAUCAGCUGCGUCCAGCCGUGGACGUGUUUGACAUGGCCCGGCUUCGUCUCCAGGCUCCGGUCCGAAGGCCCGCCUCCAGAAACCUGCUGCGGAUCCACGACUCCCUUCAGCUGAAACAGCCUGGAAACACACGAGCAG